AUGGCCGUCCUGGGGCCUAGGUUCUACCAGGCCCUCCUGGGCGGAAUUACAAUUUUGAUGGGCUUGUUGUUCCUUUCAUCACGACUGUUUGUGUACUAUAAUCGCUAUAAUGAUGACCUUGGUCUCUCGAUCUUCAAUGGCAAGCUACCGUCGAUCCCAGAAUACGAUUCUGUUACUCCCGAAGUCAAUAUUCCGGAUUCGGCCCAACAUGCACCAUCGACACAGAAUACCCCGAGCGAAUCCCUAGAAUCGCCAUCCCCGACAUCUUUCAGCGGAUCGAGUGCCAGUCUCCAAGAAUUCGACCCUGCAUGGAAUAACAAGAGCACAUGGCCUCAGUGGUCUAAGUCCCAAAGGCCAACAGAUCCAACUGUGGCACCCCCGACGAAUCACAUGCUGCACGAAGAAGUCGAUAAAUAUGUUCAUUCGAUCCUUGAUUUCGGAGAUAAAUGGCCAUUCGAUCGUGUUUCCUGUCCCGCUGAGAUUGGGGCUAGAUAUCAAAAGUUGCGGGAUGAAGAGGAAAAUCGCCUAGUGCGAUACUUUUUCGCGUUGAAUUUGCAUGAGGCGGUUGAUGCUCUUCCGCAAUUGAUGAGCAGCAUUUUUGAGGCGGUGAAAUACCUAGGAGCGAAACACUGCGCCGUCUCCAUCGUUGAUAAUGAGUCCCAGGAUGGAACGUGGGAAAUCCUUGAAGCUUUGAAACCGUGGCUGGAUAGUAUGGAUGUGCCAUACUUCCUCGCCUCCAGUCGCCAUUCAUUAUCGCGUAGAGAUGAUGCGAGCCAGGCAACCCUUGCAGAUCUCCGCAAUCAAGCACUCGAGCCGCUCAAAGCAACAGGGGAGGAGCCUGUGCAAGCACUUUCAAGCAUGUACUCACCCGAGGCGGUGGUCAUUUUUCUGGAUAACAUCGUGUUAUGUCCAGAAGAUAUCCUGGAACUAGUGUUCCAACAUAUUAAUCAAGGGGCGCAGAUGACCUGUGCUUUUGACUGGGCCUUCAACGGAACCGUCUUUUUCGAUGUCUGGGAAUCUCGGUCGCUAGCCGGGAACACAUUCUUUGAGAUCCAGCCAGAUGGUUCUUUACUUGGAAGUAAUGAAAUGUUCUUUGAUGACCAACCCAACAAGCUGCGAUUCGAUGAUUUCCAGCCCUUGCAGGUAUACUCAUGCUGGGGCGGUAUGGCGACAUUGAACGCUGUGUCAUUUGCAGAAGACGUCAUUAGGUUCAGGCCUGCAGAGCAAACCGAGGCGGACUGCUACAUGAGUGAGACUGUGUUACUGGCCAAGGAUCUAUUCAGUCAAGGUCUUGGGAAGAUCCUUGCCGUUCCAUCUGUGAAUGUGGCUUAUUCUGACAACGAAGCUACCGAGAUGAAGCAUACUCGAGGCUACGUGCAUGAUCAUGUCGAUUCCUCAAGGUCAGCAUUGGAUGAAGGGGAGACGGUCCAGUGGCAACCGGCUCCUCCUGAUAUGAUUAAAUGUCUUGCACAUUCCGACCAAGUGGCUUGGACCGAAUGGAUCGAGUCUAUUUGA